AUGGCUGCUGCUUCGACUUACGCGGCUGCCCAUCACCAUGCCCUGCGAAAGGCAAAGUUCCUGUCGCGUCACGUGCUGCAAGGCAUCAAUGAUGCCGAGAAGGCCAUUGUGGCCGACGCUGAAAAAGGCCGAGCGGCCGAGGCGUCGGAGCGCGAGGUGCAGGCAGCCGCCCUGAAAGUGAGGGCUGACACGUGUAUGGAAGUGGUUAAGAUGUGCGAAAAGUGCAACGUGCAAGUUGACGAUAUGAUCCGGCAGAUUGGUCAGUGCCUGCGACGAUUGCAGCAUGCUAGAUAUGCUCAGUUUGCAGACCUCAAGGUGUGCCAGCAGCGUCUCUACUUGCGGUCGGAUGCUCCCGCUCAGGAGAUGGCCGGCGACGCUGCGCAGAAUGCCCUGGAAGAGCAGCGGGCAUCCAUCAGCGAGGCCCGAAACGAGCUCCUGAGCCUGGAGGGCGAAUGCAGGCGAGCCUUGGAGAUGAUUGGACAGCUGAGGCAGGAGCUCUCGAAGGAGGGUGCCUCGCAGCGCCAUGCUUCCGAGCACUGCCGCGCUGCAGUGGCCAUUCUCCUGUCAGUCUCAGCGGACCCUUGUGAGGAUGUGGAUGUCCCAGAGCCGCGGAAUGCAGAGCUCGGGCGGCGUGCAGAGCUACUGCUAGCUGCGGCCGCUGAGCUUGCGACACGCUGUGGCAUCGCAGUGCAGAAUACGGACGAGAAGUGUCGGCGAGCCAGACAGCGGUCAGAGCUACUUCUCGAGCGCAGGCUCAUGGACACUGAGAAGGCAGCGAAGCUGCUGCGAGUGCAGGCUUCAGAGGUGGACUUCACAAUAGCGGUGGCGGAAAGAUCCUUAGCUCGCAGCGCGAAACGCUGCGUCGGCAAGGAGAACCUCAAAAAGGUGGCAAAAAUUGAUGCCACAAGGACAGCGUUGGACAACCUUCGCCAGACACGGGAGGCGCUCAAGUUACACAUCCAGAACAAGUUCAAGAUGCAGAACAUUGACGCGUCUUGCCGGAAAGUCACAUCCCAGUCGGCCAGCUCGGUGGAGACCCGGCCAUCCACUGCGAACCAGCGCUCCAUGUCGGCAGGGGCAGGUCCCCGAAGACCGGGUGCCGAGGAUGGCUUCGAGAGGGGCAGGGCCCUGCCUCGGCUGACGUCUACCGACUCGACUGGCAGCCUUGUCGUGCCAGAAGGAGAUGCAGUUUGGGUGGCAUUGCGUCUCACUCGCCAAGGCACCUUUACCCCUCUGGUUUACAUGGAGCGACAGAGAGGAAACGUGCUGAAGCCUUCCAUGGUGAAGCAUGUGGGUGGUGGAAUGCAGAACUCCCAUCACGUUGGUGCGCUGGGAUCGCUGGCUUUGCUUCGCUGCAAUGACAUACUAGAAAAGCACCACGAGUUGAAACGGUUCAGUGCUUGCGUGGCUUCCUGCAGCAAUGCAGCGGCGUGGCCUCGAGCAACAACAUUGAUUCGCCAGAUGAUGGUGGAGCGCAUUCAGUUGGACACGGUUGCCUGGAGCUCAGUCAUUUGUGCCUGGAGAGCAGCGGGCUGGAGCCAGGCGUUACAGAGCUUGAGGCGGGGUGACGAUUCUGGAGUGCAGGCCGACAUUGUGGCGUACAACUCAGCUAUGGGUGGAGCGUGGCCGCUGUCAAUGUCACUAUUCAUGAAUUUGGAUUCCCGUGGCCUUCGGCGUGAUGUUUAUUCUCUCAGCGGGACAAUCAAGCCUUCGCAUAUUGCAUGGGAAUUCGCUUGUGACAUUCUGUUUCAGCAUGCUGGUGCCGCUGGAUUGGCAUCCAACGCUGUUUGCGUGAACUCUUUCCUUGACAUUCUCGCGACAUCAUCGCAUUGGGAGUUUUGCUUGCACCUGCUUCAUGACGCUGUUCGAGUGAGUGAGGGUGACGUAAUAACGCUGACAUCAGCCAUCCAAGCUAGUAGUAAUGCUGCACACUGGCCGCAAGCUGGAAAUCUUCUGCAGUUUUCGUUGACGUUGCGCUUGACAGAUGUUAUCAUGUACAACUCGGUGAAGCCAGAUGUUGUUAGCCAUAAUACAGCACUUUCUUCAUUGCAGCAGGCUUCUGACUGGCAGCUCGUGGUCCAAAAAUUGAGCAAGAUGGUUGAUGGCCAGCUGCUGCCGGAUGCUGUGACUUGUGCCUCCUUCAUAGGUGCAUGUGAUCCAGCUCAUUGGCAGAAUGGUCUGUCGGCGCUGCAGCAGAUUGAACGCUGGCACGUGCAAGCUGACGUCGUGCUUGUCAACUCGGCAAUAAGCGCUGUGGAAAAGAUUUUGCUCUGGCAGCAGGCCUUGGCACUUGGGGAGGAAAUGGACAGACUGGGUAUUCGACGUGACGAGUUUUCAGUCUGUGCCAUGGCCAGCGCGUGUGCUACGGCAACUUGGAAACAUUCACUGAGAGUGCUAGAUCAAAUGGAGGCUUUGACCGUGCGAGAUGAUAGGAUGGCAGGCAGGGUCUUUGCCUGUAAUGCGGCGAUGAGUUCCCUGGAGCGAGCGACGCUGUGGCGACACAGCACGAGCCUUCUGAAGAGCGCUUUGGAAUGCGGCCUUGCAGCCGAUUCCAUCACCUACAACACAGUUGUGAGAUCCUAUCGAUGGGCAAGGGCAUGGCAAAGAGCCUGUGACCUAUUGAUGGAUUCCACUUACAGUCGAGUCCCGCCUAGUGCUGUGAUGUGUAGUGAUGCAGUUGCAGCAUGCGAGGAAGUUCGCAGGUGGGAUGCAGUUGGUCAGGUUCUAGCACGGUGUGUGGAGCUGCGACCUGCAGGUGUGCUGGAGAUGACGGGGAGAGCCGGGCAACUUGACUUGAAACAGCUGACCGUGAAGGCAAAGGAUCGAGCCAAGUUUAGAGUUGACACGGAUGAGACGCUGUCAGAACUGCAGCUUCGCCCCGAUCUGGCUGGCCAGUGGAAGUAUGGCCGCCGUGUGGCAAACGCAAAGAAGCAAGAGUCCGCAGUGAUGCCAGAGCCUGGUCAUCCUGUCCCCUUGAAUGGUGGCUUGAAGGCAGAUCGGGCAAAACUGCAUGACCUGCGUGGCUCCUUUAUGGGUCCUGAAAUGGAGGUGACUGCAGCUGCGGGUUUGGAGUUCCUCAGCAACUUCGAGAGCUCCAAUGGCGAAGUUUUCAGUGAAACUUCUACAGGUACGCGGGCCGGAAAGGCGCCACUGGAGCCGACGGAGGAUCCUGAACGUUUUCACGUGAUCCUCCAGGCCGAUCCCUCUGACGGCACCUUGGCGGGCCAAGCCGGCACCGAAUCAACCGGACGGCGGCGCUGGUUCUACUUCGGCGUGCGUUCUGUGAGCAAGAUUCUUGCGUUCUGCGUGUGGCAAGCUAAGGUAAGUAAUAUGAGCAAUAUGCUGGAUCUUUAUAACCUGGAUGGCCAUCGGCCAUUCUAUUGCCAAUUGCCUGGCUCGCCUGCGUGGCGACGCUUGGCAGACGAAGCCUGCAAUUUCUCUUGUCAGGAGGAGCCGAUUCCAGUGACGGACGACACAAAAGUCAAGCCUGCGGAGCCGAAAAGCGAGCAAUGCAGCGAAGAUGAGCGGCUGUUGCCAAGGAUUCGCGCCAUGUUAGACAGCGGACCCGAGCCACCAAAGAAGCGUGGCAAAAGCUGCUACAUCGCGUGGGAUUACAUGUUGGAGCCCGGGGGAGCCACAACGUAUUUUGCAUUCUCACCGCCGUAUACAUAUGCGGAUUUACAAGGCUAUUUGAAACGCCUGGAACAAUUUUUCAUGCAGCCCACGCAAGGGAAGUCCCUGCCUGCUUACAUGGAUUCCAUUGAGAUUCAUGGUGGCGGCUCUGGCACAUUGGCUUCUCGAACCACCUCGCCUGUGAAGCCCAAAAAAGUUAAAGUCACAAUCGAGCAUGGGGCGGUGGAUAACCGAAAGAUGACCUUAUGGCUACGCAAGGACUCCACCAUGCUACAAGUCAGACAGGGUAUUGUGGAGGCCCUGGGCUUGACAAGGCUGUCACAGGUGAAGUUAGUGAGGCGGAUGCCCAACUCAGAGCGGCUCAUGACACCUUUCGGUGACACCGAGAGGCUGAACCAGAGAACUCAUCUACUCAUGGUUGGCUACGAGUUCCCAGAUGGCUUUGCAGGUCCAGAGCCUGAGGCUGCACAGGAAACUCAAGCCCCAGAGCCCGCGCUGCCGGUACUCAACUCCAGCGAGGAGUCUUGGAACCCCAUUUGUGGCGCGCAGAUUUAUUUCCACAGGCAGCGACUCUGCCUCACCAGGGAGGGCCGUCGGGUCGACCUGAUCACGCUCUCUGAGUCCAUGAGCCCCAACGCCAAAGUUUGCGUUGAAACGUCUCCGGAGAGUUUCCUGAGCAGCUCUGUGGCGGUGGACGGCGAGAGCCCUGCGGAGCUGUUUGCUUCCAGACCCAUCGUCUUUGUGUCUGCCCGGGUUCAUCCUGGCGAAACGCCAGGCCAGUUCGCCUUUCUCGGGCUUUUGCGAUUUUUGCUCUCCGAUGAUCCGCGCGCUGAACUGCUGCGUCGGCAGUUUGUGUUCAAGUUGGUCCCAAUGCUAAAUCCAGAUGGGGUCGCCAGGGGGCACACCAGAGCCAACGCUGGUGGAUUGGACCUGAACCGCUGCUACGGAGAUGCCAAUCCGAAGGAGCAUGAAGGUGUCUUUUGGGCGCUGGAAUGGCUUAAGCACUGGGCGGCUGAAGGCCGCUUGCUCUUUUACUUGGACAUGCACGCUCAUGCUCACACUCGCGGCUGCAUUCUUUAUGGCAAUCGCCUUUCUGGUGCUGCGCAGGUGUGGAACGUGGCUUUCGCGCGAAUCUGCGAGCGAAAUGGCCCACACUUCGACUUCGAGGGCUGCGAGUUCCCUCCAAUGUCAGACAAGGAGCACGGUCUGGACAGCAACGAGAACUGUGGCCGGGCCAAAGUGGCUGCCAUCUGCAACGUGAGUCAUGCAUAUACGUUGGAGUGCCAUUACAGCAUUGGUCGACAGGCCCAUCCUGUGGAAGAGUUGGACUGCUUGCAGGGCAGGCCAGUUCAUCCUGGGAUGGCAGUCCCGUUUGUCUGCCAGGUACCUUACGGAGUUUAUGAAUGGGAGAGCGUCGGAGAAGCGUUGGCUUGUGCGAUGCUCGACCUGCACGGCGUGACCACCUUUACUCGUCCCUCUGCCCAAGCUCUCGACAUACUGGGCGAGGUCUCCGCCCGUCUAUCAGGGCCUGGAGGCAAAGCUGCGGCGGAAGACAGCCUUCUAGUUGCGAACCCUCGACAGGCUCUGAGAUUGCCCAUUGAUUUUGCUGAAGCAGAUCUUCAGGAUGGCGAGCACUGCCAAGUGCAGCUAUGGCGGGUGAUGCAUACUGUCGUGGUGGCACGUGAGCGCCCCGAUCUUGAAGCUCAGGUCCUGGAGGUUUUUGGCAGGGGCCAGAUGCUGGCAGUUGCUGAAGAGGUUGAAAGCCCUUGGGUGAAACUCGCGACUCCUUGCGGCUUCUUGGGCGGCAAGUUGAACACGGAGCUCCACAAGGUUGGCAGGGCGGCCGCAUACAUGCUCACAGAUGGUUCAGCGAAAGGCCUCGGGAAGCUACUGGAGAAGACCAACCUUUGGAUGCGCAUGCGCCGGAGGGACCUUCAGAGCCUUCAAGAUGGUCUGCUGUGCAUCACAUGCGAUUUGGACUUUGCCGCUGCAGGGGACAUGAGGAGCGCGCUUGGCCAGCAUAUCGGUCUGGAAAGUGAUUCCAGGGACCGACGCCAGAGGUGCAACCUCUACAAAUUGAGAAAUCUGUUCGCUUCAUGCAGCCGCCGAGUGCUCAGCGCGGAGAUUAACGAUGAGGGUGAUCGCUCCGUUUGGGUGUACGACUCAGAAGAGACCGAUGAGUAUGAAUGCGUGGCGCUGCUUCAGUCCCACAGCCAGGACGUGAAGAGCGUGAGAUGGCAUCCUCAACAAGAGGUGCUGUUCUCCUGCUCCUACGAUGACACUGUGAAGGUGUGGGGGCCCGACGGUGAUGACUGGUGCUGCAAGGAGACGUUGGAGGGCCACGGCAGCACAGUUUGGGCCAUGAGCUUUGACGCCGUGGGCUCACAUUUU